AUGUCGGGCGAAAAGUCUUUCUUCGAACGUACGUACGCUAUCCAUCCAUUCCGUCCCUUUAAGAUACAUAGACUACCGUGCUGCAGUGUACUGUACUAACCUGAGUAGAGCAACGCGACCAACUGAUCAGUGAGAUCGCACUCUCGCUCGAACACGUCCUCAUGAACAUGAACCUACUCAAUAGAAGUCUUGAAGGAGUCGUUGCUGUAUCUUCUACCCCCCCCCCUUCCCUUCUCCCCUUCCCUUCAUCUUUUGAGCAUUGAGUGGGCCGAGCGAGUGUGAGGAUGCGACGAAUAAGCUGUGCAAAAAUAAAUAAUAAUAAUAAUAAUAAUAACAAUAAUCUCUUGGUGGAUGUUGAUUUUGCUUGGCUUGUCCGUUCGACCUUCUCACGGUCUAUGGCGCUCGCGCUCUGUGGGUUGGUGGGCUAACGUUCUGUCCGGGGAUGCAUAGGUUGGCAGGGAGUUCGAGAGUGUCGAGGCGCUAUGGUCACAGUUCGAGGGUGUCAUGGGGAGGAACCCGGAUGAGGCCAAGACUGAAGAUGUGGGGGAGGCGGAGGAUACAUGUAUGGGUGGGUGA